AUGAAGCCUCAAUUUCUCGUCAGUUCCUUCCUUGUGCCACACAUCAUCGCAAGUGCUGUUGCACCCCCAGAUAGUGAAAAUGAUCCAGCGACAGUUUGUUUUACAUAUUUCUCGACUUAUCUAGAGCCCAUUUUGAGUUCAGUCUGUCCUAACACAACUACUACUUCGUCCGUCGGUACAGGAAUCAAAGCUUCCACUGAUCUCUCAGGUGGUGCCUCCCAAACGCUUUCUACGUCAACAGGACCAGCUCCGCCUCUACAGUCUUCUUCUUCUUCUCUCAUCUCAGCAUCUGGCCUUCCCUCAUCAUCUUUUACCACGUCCACACCCGGUAUCUCAACCUCGACAAAUACAGCUCUAUCCAGUUCCUCUCCGUCGGCCCUUCAACCACUGAUCUUUCUCGUUAUUCCAGGCUCAACACUUAAGAAAAGAAGCCUAAGUAAGAGAAUCGUAGGGGGGUUCGUUGCCCAGAAUACCAAUGGAGAUCGCCAAAAUUGCAACAGCGCAGACGUUUACAACUUGGCCUUUGGGCGGCUGUUAUUUAAUGGUGUGCCUGUGUACUACUCUGGUGAGAACUACAAACUUCUCAACGCCGGAAGCACGCCACCGGAGAACGCCAUCACAACCACAUUUAGCAUUUCCGGAGGUAUUCUUCGGUUUUCUAACCCGGUACUGCCCGUUGACCAGGCAAGCUUCUGCCAGGACAACAAUGCACAGGUCUAUAUCACUUUUGCUUCCAGACCACCUAAUUGCGAACCGGUGGCUCUCAUAGCAUACACAGGUAAGAUUGAUCACAAGGCCAGGAUUUCUCAUGUUCCGUCGUGCAGGUACUAA